UAUAGCAAGCUUUUUAAAUCCUUGCAAGCAUUAUUCUAUUCCACAUACAACACCAAAUAUCCAUAGAAAAUUACACUUCAUAGCUCAGAAACUAAAACUAAAAUGGAAAAGCUUGCUAAGCAGGUUUUGUUUUGCAGUUUAUUAACUGCACUUGUUUUGCUACCAUUCCCGGUAAUAAUGUCUCAUUUAGUUGAGGACGAGAGCGAGUUUAAUUAUGAUGUUAAGAGUAAGAGAGGACCAUAUAACUGGGGAAACAUUAAACCCGAAUGGAGUAUAUGCAAAAAUGGAUCCAUGCAGUCACCGAUUAAUCUGUUGAAUAAGAGGGUUCAAAUAGCACCCCAUUUGGGAAAACUUCAUAUCAACUACCAACCAUCCAAUGCAACUCUUAGGAAUAGGGGUCAUAAUAUAAUGCUGGAAUGGCUUGCUGGCACAAGCUAUCUACAAAUUAAUGAAACUCAGUAUGUACUUAAGCAAUUCCAUUGGCAUUCUCCCUCUGAGCACACCAUAGAUGGCAGAAGGUUUGAUCUGGAGUUACACAUGGUGCAUGAAGCUUCAUCCGGAGAAAUUGCAGUGAUUGGAAUGUUGUAUAAGGCUGGAAGACCAGACCCUUUAUUGUCAUUGUUAGGGAAUCACAUAAAGGCCAUUUCUGAUUGUACGGGAGCAGAAAUAGAAUUGGGUGUACUGGAUCCUUGGCUGGUUAGCAUAUGCAGAAGCAGAACACAGUAUUACAGAUAUAGUGGUUCUCUGACUACUCCUCCGUGCACUGAGAAUGUUGCUUGGACCGUGCUUACAGAGGUGAGAUAUGUUUCAAGGGAGCAAAUCAGACUGCUUAGAGUUGCCGUUCAUGAUGAUUCAAAUGCAAGACCAUUGCAACCAAUAAACAAUCGCUUAGUGAAACUCUAUAUACCAUUGCAGGAUUCAAAUCGCUUAGUGCAACGUUAGAGUUUCAAGUCAUCGGGGAGCGAGUUUUCACAUGCACUAGGCCUAUAUGUGAUUUUGUUUUUCCUGAAAGGACCUAUAUAUGUGAUUGUUAUUCAAUGCUACUUAAGUAUUAACUUCUAUUUCAUGUUUUUGGGUAUAAAUUUACUUUUGAAAAUUUUGUUUCUUUCAGAUGUACUAAAAUAAAUUUUUAAUUGUCUCUAUUUUAUU